AUGACUCAAGAUCCCCGUGUCCUACUCCAAAAAGCCGACAAAGCGCUGGCUGGUGCCUCUGGUGGCUUUAGUUGGUUUGGAGGAAGGUCAGAGAAGUAUGAGGGCGCCGCAGAUCUCUAUACCCAGGCUGCAAAUGCGUUCCGAGUACAGAGAAUGAACAAGGAGGCCGGUCAGGCUUUUGAGAAGGCUGCCUCCAUCCAAAACCAGAACCUCAACGAACCCGAUGACGCUGCCAAUAACCUCCAGGAAGCGUUCAAAGUUUACCGCAAGACAGACCCUGAGGAUGCUGCCCGUGUACUUUCCAGUGCCAUCCAGCACUACGUACUACGAGGAAAUCUGCGCCGUGCGGCAACGCAGCAGCAAUAUCUGGCUGAACUGUAUGAGGUGGAGCUUGGAGAUAUGAAGAAGGCGCUGGAGGCGUAUGAGAAGGCUGCCGACUGGUUCGACGGUGAUAAUGCUGAAGCGCUUGCAAACAAGCACUACCUCAAGGUGGCAGACCUGGCCGCCUUGGAAAGUGAUUACUACAAGGCCAUCACUAACUACGAACGCAUUGGCCGCAGCUCUAUUAACAACAACCUGAUGAAGUGGUCUGUGAAGGAUUAUCUCCUGAAGGCAGGUAUUUGCCACCUUGCCACAAAAGAUCUUGUUGAGACUAACCGUGCUUUGGAAUCAUACCGAGAACUUGAUCCUUCCUUUGCUUCGACAAGGGAGCACCAGCUACUCGUGGAUCUGACCCAGGCUGUUGAGGGUGGUGAUCAGGAGGGCUUCGCUGACAAGCUCUUCCAGUUUGACCAGCUCAGCAAGCUGGACAAGUGGAAGACAACCCUCCUUCUGCGGAUCAAGAAUAACAUUGAGGAGGCUGAGGAGGACUUCUCUUAAAUGGCGAUUGAUUUCAUCGGUGAUUCCCCGCGCGUGAUGUCUAGAGAAUAUUAACUC